AGUAGGCCAUGUUGUUGUAGUUCGGUGGGACUGGACAGUCAUAUCCCUCCGUUACUGUAUGUCUCUGCGAUCAUCACCCCCCCUCCCGUUUUUGACAUCGGGAACACGUAAAUAAACCGGAGUGCGCAAACAGCGACUUGCACAAUGAAUUUAAGCUUGGAUCUGUCGCGAAGAAACCCACAGGAAGACUUUGAGCUGAUCCAGAGGAUCGGGAGCGGAACCUAUGGGGAUGUAUACAAGGCUCGUAAUGUCAGCACUGGAGAACUGGCUGCUAUCAAAGUCAUCAAACUAGAACCAGGAGAGGACUUUGACGUGGUGCAGCAGGAAAUUAUUAUGAUGAAAGAUUGUAAACACUCAAACAUUGUUGCAUAUUUUGGCAGUUACCUCAGGAGAGAUAAAUUAUGGAUCAGCAUGGAAUACUGUGGUGGGGGCUCGCUCCAGGAUAUUUACCAUGUUACCGGGCCGUUGACAGAAUCCCAGAUUGCGUAUGUAUGUCGGGAGACCCUGCAGGGUGUUUACUAUCUCCAUAACAAAGGAAAGAUCCACAGAGAUAUAAAGGGCGCAAAUAUACUGUUGACAGACAAUGGUUACGUUAAGCUAGCUGAUUUUGGAGUUUCGGCUCAGAUAUCAGCCACUUUAGCAAAAAGAAAGUCCUUCAUCGGAACUCCAUAUUGGAUGGCACCUGAGGUGGCCGCAGUCGAGAGAAAAGGGGGCUACAAUCAGCUGUGUGAUAUUUGGGCCGUGGGCAUCACAGCUAUUGAGCUGGCAGAGUUGGAGCCGCCGAUGUUCGACUUGCACCCCAUGAGAGCACUCUUCCUAAUGACUAAGAGCAGUUUUCAACCACCCAAGCUGAAAGACAAAGUUAAGUGGACAAAUAAUUUCCAUCACUUUGUGAAAAUGGCUUUGACUAAAAAUCCCAAGAAGAGACCAACAGCUGACAGACUACUACAGCACCCGUUUGUUACUCAGCCGCUUAGCCGGACUCUUGCCAUUGAGCUACUGGACAAAGCCAACAACCCUGACCACAGCACACACAGUGAUGCAGAAGAGGAUGACAUUGACCCAGAGUCUCCCGUAUCCGUUCCACAUCGAAUCCGCUCAACUAGCAGGAGCUCACGAGACGGAAAGACUCUGUCUGAGAUUAACUUUGAUAAGGUGAAGUUCGAUCCACCUCUGAGGAAAGAGACCGAACCGCAUCAUGAGAUGGAUCUACCAUUAGAGCCCCAAAGCAUUCUGGGAAAUAACAAGAGUCUAUUAAAAUCUGUUGCUGAGGAGCUCAAUCAAAGGGGUCAUGUGACACAUUUAGAGGAUGAGGAGGAGGAUGAAGGUGAUGAUUUGCACUGUAACUCCACUUCAACCAUGAGACCUAAAGUACCACCUCCUCUGCCACCCAAGCCGAAGGUUCUGUCUCCCACACAGAACAGUACCGUCUCAGAGGACAGUACCGGAGAAGGGACCAUUAAACGCUGUCCAGCUUCUGCAAGCUCCACCCCUCCCGUUCGGCCUGCUUCCUGUGUGCCCCCCAGACCGCCACCUCCUCGCCUGCCCCCACACAGGCGUAGUAGUCUAGGUAAUGGAGUUUCUGUUCAGGAGAAUGGAGAAAAAGAAAAACUGGCCUCCCUUCCCUCAUCUAGUUUAAAGCUACCCCUUAGUAAUGGCCUCCCACCAACCCCUAAAGUACUUAUGGGAGCUUGUUUCUCUAAAGUGUUUAAUGGCUGUCCCCUGAAGAUUCACUGUGCCUGUUCAUGGAUAAAUCCAAACACCAGGGAUCAGUAUCUGAUUUUUGGUGCAGAGGAAGGAAUUUAUACACUCAAUCUGAAUGAAAUUCAUGAGAGCACCAUGGAACAGCUGGUUCCACGGAGGUGCACAUGGGCGUAUGUAAUGAACAACUGGCUGCUUUCUAUAUCAGGUAAAGCAUCUCAGCUGUACUCUUACAACCUGACGGGGCUCUUUGAGCAAGCUCGACAGAUGCAGAAGUUACCUGUUGCCAUACCAACACACAAACUCCCUGACAAAAUCAUCCCACGAAAGUUUACUGUGUCCAAUAAAAUACCAGAAACAAGGGGUUGUCAGAAAUGCUGUGUAGUGCGAAACCCAUACACGGGUCACAAGUACUUGUGUGGAGCUUUCCAGUCCAGCGUAAUGCUAUUUGAAUGGGUGGAUACCAUGCAGCGCUUCAUGUUGAUAAAAAGCAUAGACCUCACCCUGCCGUGUCCAUUAGAAGUCUUUGAGAUGUUGGUGGUUCCUGAGCAGCAUUAUCCACUGGUUUGUGUGGCAGUCAGUAAAGGAAGCCACCCUGAUCAGGUGGUCACAUUUGGCACUGUAGAUCCCAAUGCUGCCACCCCCGCGUUCACAGAGCCUGAAACUCCUCAGACAUGUGUCAUUCAUGUGACUCAGCUGGAGAGAGACACUGUCCUAGUGUGUUUAGAUCGGUGUAUAAAGUUGGUGAAUUUACAGGGCAGGUUAAAAUCCAACAGGAAGUUGUCAACUGAACUUACCUUUAACUUCCAGAUUGAGGCAAUAGUGUGUCUGCAGGACAGUGUUUUGGCGUUCUGGAAGCAUGGAAUGCAGGGGCGAAGCUUUAAAAACAGUGAGAUCACUCAGGAGAUUGCUGAUAACUCGCGAACCUACAGGCUGUUGGGUGCAGACAGAGUGGUGGUGUUGGAAAGCAAACCGACGGAAGACCCCACGGCUCAAAGUAAUCUGUACAUCCUCGCAGGCCACGAGAACAGCUUCUGAAAACACACUGCCUUAACACACACACUACAUAAUGCACGCAAGUUCAAAUUCCUGAGACUUAUACACCUCAUUUUCAUCUAUAAACUACAGAACACAACACUACAGAAAAACUUACACAAAGAUAGCUGAAAUAACACACUACAGAUUUUUGGUUCAGUAUGAUACCAGCCCCUGUAACCUUGUAUUGAUACAAAAUCAAUACCUUAGUACAAAAGUGCGUUCAUGCCAUGUCGUAAUGAUCGUAAUUACGAUAUAUCCCAGUUUGUAAAAAGUGUUCACGUCCUUGUAGAACCCGUAAUUAGUCGAUAGUAUUGCCAUAGUAUUCCCAGUACGAGGAUGUGAACAGCUUCAGAUUCAGAACGUCAUGUGAAAUUACGGUGAAAGUCGAACGUCACAUGAACAAACAGGAAAACAGGUCUCAUCGCUUCCACUUAUUGGAGAAAGUGUCAACAGCAGUACAAACUGACGGCAAUAUCUAUGGACUUUUAAAGUAAUCAACUAACCUAGCUAGUUAUUUUUAUUGUUGGCGGUUUAUUCAAUUUUAAUAUCCGAAUGUUAGUGAGAAUACAAAAAAAAAAAACUUUUAGAUAUCAAUCAUAUUUAGUAGCUCUUUUGAAGGCAUUUUCAGUAAAACAGCUCUUUAUUUAAGGAAGCACAUACAAAAGACAUGAACCGAAAGUGAUGGAACCUGUUUUUCAGAAUUUGGAAGUUUGUUGUGCACAACCCCCAUUACAACAAGGUGUGAACGUCGCACAAGCAGAUGUAGGUAGACCGUUAUAGAUUUGCAUAGCAUGUAAUGGUAAUGUUAACAAAUCGAAUAACUUAAAUUCCAAUUCUACAGUAAUACAUUAAAUCUUUGGUAUAAUACCGGUUUAAAAUUUUUGGCUGGAAUUUCUAUUUGUACUGGCAAACUGAAUAACCUUAAUAUAGAUGCAUUUCAUUACACAAACACAGUGCAAACUAAACUCAACAGAGACACCUUGAUACACAACCAUCAGUUCUGUAUGACUGAGAUAACUAAUGUAAAAACACGACAGUCUACUAAAAGAUGAAACAAAUUACCUGGCUUUUAUAUCUGGCAUGAUUUGCAGGUGUUGUACCAUCUUGUUGGCUUCGUAGCUUUCAGUACUGCACUGACGCAGCCCCGUAAACAGCUCCUCUCUGUGUCGUACUAAUACAGUUCACAAUUGUUUACAUAGAAAAACAAUUUAAAAACACCCCAGUGGAACACAAAUAUGCGCUCUGUGGUAUUAUACCAAAUUCUGUGACCGUACACAUAAUGUAGUGACGGUAGGGUUAGGAUUAGCUCAAUACAGCGCCUACUAUGGUCACAUAAUUCGGUUGGUCACAGAAUUCAGUACAACACCUGUAAAUCUAACUAACUCACUGUUUUUUCUUCUUCACCGCUUUCACUUCAUUCAAUCUUAUGACGCCUCUUUUUUUAAUCUCAAAAGUGCAACCACAUUAGCGAAAUUUUGUGGGCAAAAUGGUCCAAUGAAAGUGAUGCAUGAAGCACUGCUCACACAGAAGCAGCUUUCUGCUGGUCGAUGGGGCGAAUUUGUGACCCUGGACCACAAAACCAGUCAAUUUUUUGAAAUUGAGGUUUAUACAUCAUCUGAAAGCUGAAUAAACAAGCUUUCCAUUGAUGUAUGGUUUGUUGGGAUUGGCCGAGAUACAACUAUUUGAAAAUCUGGAAUCUGAGAGUGCAAAGAAAUCAAAAUAUUAAGAAAAUCGCCUUUAAAGUUGUCCAAAUGAAGUCCUUAGCAACGCAUAUUCACUCACAAAAAUAAAUUUUUGAUAUAUUUACGGUAGGAAAUUGACAAAAUGUCUUCAUGGAACAUGAUCUUUACUUAAUAUCCUAAUGAUUUUUGGCAUAAAAGAAUUAUUCGAUAAUUUUGACCCAUAAAAUGUAUUGUUGGCUAUUGCUACAAAUAUACCCGUGCGACUUAUGACUGGUUUUGUGGUCCAUGGUCACAUUUAUGUGACCAACUUGAACCCGAUGCGAACUCUGCGUGUGGAAAUAUUUUGCCCUCUCGAGAAAUUGGCGAUCACGAUUCCUAUUUAAAUGACUGUUCACUGAACAAUUUAUGUGGCCACACCAGUCCCAUUAGAUCCAUAUUUCAUUAUUAACAGCAAAGGAAUAGACAGUGGAACCUUAGAGCAGUUAUUUCUAUAGUUUUAUAAAUUAUGAACUGUGCGAACCAUUUUUGUUAGCACAUCCUCGGUGGAUUAAGCAUUGAAUGAUGAAAUUAAGUGCAGCCAAUAUAAUUUUUUUCAUCCUACAAAGUAUGUCAUUCAUGACCCCUCAUUCUAAUUCAUUUAGACUAUAGCAAUAUCCUUAAUUCCUCAUUUCCUGUACAAAAAAGUACUGUGGUCAGAUUGCAUUUCCAUUACCAUAUAUAUACAUAUAUAUAAAUUUUGUGUUCUUAGACUGUUUGUGCUGCCCUAUACUGUAACAGCAUCAUGUUUAGUAUCAUCAUGAGCCACUUAAUGAGUGAUUUUAGAGAUUUUAUAUUUCAUUAUUUAUGCAGAAAAGCCAAGUGUCAUGUUUUCAUUACCAAGCACUGUUAUUGAAGGUUUGCACAAUACGUUUGCUCGUGUGCUUUUCUUAGCGUGCCGUGUGUGUUAAUGAGUGAGUGCGCACUUACAGGCUGUAAUGUCAAUAGUAGAGUAUAACAGACAGAGAAAAACCUAUUUAUCAGGCUCACUGAAAAACGAUUAGAGAUAACAAUGUCUUAUGAAUGCAGUAAGUGUAAAUAUGAAAUGGGAUGUGAGAAAAAGAGCUCUUUCUAGAAUGUAGCUGUCUGUGAAGCUUUCCAGCAUCAGUUUGUAUGGUGUCAUAUCUGAAUACUAAUUGUUCCUUUUUUGUUUCAAAAUAAUGAAAUCAUGUUUUGUUUUGUUUAGCUGAAUGCGCAAAUUUAGCAUGUCGUCUCUACCUCUAACAUGCAUUUAAAAACUUUACAUAAGAUCAUGCGCCAUUAUAAAGAAAAAAAAAACACUACUUCAAAUAGAGUAUCUAUAGAGUAACGACAGUUUUGAACCCUGGUCUUGUCACAUGGUCCAUGGUCCUGAUUUUGUCAAGACCCGAAUGAAACCAUGUCUGAGCCUAAUCUCCAGUAACCUUUACUUGUUAUGUUUAAAAGAGUCACAAAUGUGAUUUUGGAUGCUUUAAGUACAUAGCGUGUGUCAAACUACUCCAUGUCCACUACAGCAUUGUUCUCUUGUGUAAUGUGAUGCACAUGUCUUGUAUAUAGUGUAAAAUAAUUUGAGUUUUACAGACUGUAUAAAGCCAAUAUUUUGUUUCAAAUGUGAAACUCUUUUAUGAGAUUUAACACAUUAAACCAAGGUGAAAAAGAUCAAA